AUGGCACCUUCAGCGAUCACCCCUGAGGAGACUCAGAUCCCUAGCGGCGACUCCACUGUCUUGGCUCUGCGCAAGACGCUGACUUCCGAGAACGAAGCGCUGGCCGCUCGCUUCCGCGCUCUUUUCUCCUUGAAGUACCUGGCCUGUCAGGAGCCCCGUACCGAGAACACUAUUCCCGCUAUCGAUGCUAUCGCUGCUGGAUUCGCCUCUCCAUCUGCACUCCUCAAGCACGAACUCGCAUACUGCCUUGGCCAGUCCCGCCACGAUGCCGCAGUCCCUUACCUUCAAAAGGUCCUCAGCGACCGCGAGGAAGAUCCCAUGUGCCGACACGAAGCCGCCGAGGCCAUUGGCGCUCUCGGUGACAAGGCCAGCUUGAAGCUUCUCAUCGAGAGAAGAGACGAUGAGAGCGAAGAGACCGUUGUCAAGGAGACUUGCGACAUCGCCGUCGGUCGCAUUGAGUGGGAACACUCUGAUGCUGGAAAGUUGGAGAAGUUGAAGCAGAGCGACUUCGCCUCAAUCGAUCCCGCACCUCCUCUCGCCAUUGCCGCAAAGCAGCCCUCCAUUGCAGAACUCGAACAGACUCUCCUUGACGCCAAACUCUCCCUAUUCGACCGCUACCGCGCCAUGUUCGCACUCCGUGACUUGUGCUCUCCUCCUGAUCUCCCCACCGCCGUCCCCGCCAUCAACGCCCUUGCACGCGGUUUCACCGACUCCUCCGCUCUUUUCCGUCACGAGAUUGCUUUCGUCUUCGGCCAACUUUCACACCCCGCUUCCAUUCCCGCUUUGACUGGCGCGCUCAGCGACUUGAAGGAGAGUAGUAUGGUUCGUCACGAAGCAGCCGAGGCUCUCGGUAGCUUGGGCGACGAGGAGGGUGUAGAGGAGACACUCAAGCAGUUCUUGAACGACGCCGACCAGGUCGUCAGAGACAGCAUUAUUGUUGCUUUGGAUAUGGCCGAGUUUGAAAAGAACGGAGAGAUGGAGUAUGCAACAGUUCCUGUUGCUGCUUAA